UUCGGUGCGCGUUUCUUGCUUCCGAGUCAGAGAUUCGAAUUCGGCCAGUCGCAGGGCCCUGCAACACAAGUACUCUUCACUUCUCUCCUCUCACCAUUGAUGACCCAUUCCCUCUCCAGAGAGAUAAUCCCCAUGACUACGAGGACUUCGGAGCCCAGGCUCUAUACACCACCUCCACCAUGGUAUCUAGCCUCUCCGGCAAAUCGUCCGCUUCUUCAACAUACAGCGUAUGUCGACAAGCUGUGAUCUCUGCAAUUUCUCAACAGCAUGGCGUCGCUCGCACCAUUAGCUAUGAGCUCCACCAAGGAUGAGCUCCUCAACCACCUUAAUCUGCCGCCAGAUACUUACGCUCUGAUGGCGAAAGAGACUGAUCGAGUCUACAUCUGGCUAACAUCCGAGAAAAGCCACCUAAAAUCCAACUGCAAGCGCAAACCCCCAUACGAUUGGAGCGACAUUCAAGAGAAAUCUAAAGAUGAAGCAAUGGAAGCCAUAGGCAAAGGUGGGGACGAAUACACGGAUUACUAUUGGCGACUUGCAGCACCAGCUGUCGAUUGUCCCAACUGGAUUGCUCGCUGGUUUCUCUAUCACAAAUUCCGUUACCGUGAUGGCAGAAACAGAACACAUCAGAGAGGUAGUCACAACAGUGAUAGAAGAUAUCACACCGACUCUGGGCAUGGCAGACAUCACAGGUCGAGAGGACAUCACCACAGUUCUGACUACGCCAACCAGGAUGAUUACUAUGAAGAAGGUUUGAUGAACGCAGGUAUGUAUGCUCUAUGAAACAUGUCGUACAAGCGGCUCGUAUUACCCGUCAGCGAGAUCAUCCUCUCCGGUUGCGUACUACGACGAUGCCGACGCUGCUGUUGUAAACAACAGUCAAGCUGCAGGUAACUACUACGAUCCCGUAAGGGAUGUUUGAUGAUAUCUGUUCGGACAAUCUUCACGCUUGGAUGUUCGCAGCGUGUCUGAUGCACAAGGGAAGAAUAAUGAUCAGACUGGACAAUUCUCU